CCCCCCCACCCCUCCUCCUCUCCGGCGGCGGCGCCCCGGCUUCCUCGCCCGCGAAGGCCUCCUCCUAUUGCUCCACAAGAUAAUAUGGAUGGGUCAGUCGAUAACCCUGUGGAGAAUAAUCUGACUGGAGUUCCUACUAACCUUGACAAUGAGGAACAUUCCAAUCCUUGUACUGAUGUGCAAGAGCAGAUCAAGGAAGAUCCGGAAAAACCAUAUGAUGAGGGAUCCAAAGACCCAAGCCAUGACGAGUUGGGUAACCUGUAUACUGAGGAGCAUAUGGGCGUGAACAAUGAAGAUGUGGGGGGUCUGAACAAAGAGGUACAAACUAUCCCCUCGCAGGAAGAGCCUGCAAGUGUCUAUGGCGAGGAAGCUGUGGCAAAGCAACCGGAUAGUGUGUUGGCUGAUGACAAGAAAUGGCCUGGAUGGCCUGGAGAAAGUGUGUUCCGUAUACUGGUUCCUGCCCAGAAGGUGGGUGCUGUCAUUGGCCGCAAAGGUGAUUUCAUCAAAAAAAUGUGUGAGGAAUCCAAAGCUCGCAUCAAGGUUCUCGAGGGACCACAAAGUGUGCCAGAAAGAGUUGUAAUGAUUUCAGCAAAGGAUGAACCAGAUGUACCACUACCCCCAGCUGUUGAUGGAUUGCUUAGAGUUCAUAAAAGGAUAACAGAUGGUUUAGAUGGUGAACCUGAUCAGCCUCAACGAGGUGCUGUUACCGUAGGACCUACACGACUACUGGUGCCAGCUUCCCAAGCUGGCAGCCUGAUUGGCAAGCAAGGAGCAACCAUUAAAUCCAUACAGGAUUCAUCAAAGUGUGUUCUCCGGAUCCUUGAGAAUGUGCCGCCUGUUGCAUUAAAUGAUGACAGAGUUGUCGAGAUACAGGGUGAACCUCUUGAUGUUCACAAAGCAGUGGAGCUGAUUGCAAGUCAUUUAAGAAAAUUUCUUGUUGACCGCAGUGUUCUUCCUUUAUUUGAAACGCAGAUGAAGGCGCACACUGUGCACAGAGAGCAACCUAUGCCAGCUCCUCAGCAGUGGGGUCCUCCUCCGCCGUGGGGUCAUCCCCCGAACCUUCCUCCUGGUGGUCCAGGAUAUGUUGGGAAUCCACAUUUCAUGCCUCCACCUCCACGACCACAAGACAACUAUUAUCCUCCUCCUGAUAUGCCCCCUGUGGAAAAGCAACCGCACUAUGGAAUUUCUUCGUAUGGACGUGAUGCACCUCUGAGUGCUGCUCCUCCCUCAGGGAAUCAACACCAAACACAUGGGUCUUCUCAAGUGACACACAGCAUGCAAGUUCCUCUUUCCUACGCUGAUGCUGUGAUUGGGGCAGCUGGUGCCAGUAUCAGCUACAUCCGCAGGCAUAGUGGUGCAACUAUAAGUAUUCAAGAAGGUGUUCCUGGAGAGAUGACAGUGGAGAUAACAGGAAGCGCCUCACAAGUUCAAACUGCUCAACAGCUGAUCAAGAACUUCAUGGCUGAAGCUUCUCCCCAAGGGCCACCACCAGGUUCUGCUCAACCAGUUGAUGCGAGCUACAACUCUUACCCGCCGUACGGGGGCGCAUCAUAUGGAUCUCCUCCAGGUGGCGCCGGUCCUGGCCCUCACAAUGGAGGAAACUAUGGUGGUGCACCGUACCCGCCAAACUACGGAUACUAACAGGAAGGAAGAGCUUGUUUCAGACCUUAGGGGAGGGGGAUUCUGGUUUUGUUUGUCAAUCUGUUCAUCUGUUAGGGUUUCUGAACUUUUGGUGUACUCUGCUUUCUGACGCCUGCGCCAACUGUUUCCUGAUAUGCUGUUUCGUUUCGAGCUUGACCGUUAA